AUGUCGCCUGCAGUUUUGGGUGUAGGGAUGAGAUCGUUGUAUGACGCAUUCGAAGACUACAAGGGGAGGCGAAUGGCCAUACUUCGUGCGUUGACUACCGACUUUGAGAAGUUCUACCAGCUCUGUGACCCCAAUCACGACAACCUGUGUUUGUAUGGCUACCCAAACGGCAGUUGGAAAGUCUGCCCUCCAUCAGAAGAGGUGCCAACAGAGCUGCCGGAGCCAACCCUUGGCAUAAAUUAUGCAAGGGAUGGAAUGCAGAGGGACGAUUGGCUUGCUCUGGUAUCCAUAUACUCCGACUCGUGGCUGAUGUCACUUGCUUUUUUUACUGGGUCUCGCCUGGACAAGCAACAAAGAGUGGAGCUGUUUGAGUUGAUCAAUCGCCUUCCAACUUGCUAUGACAUGAUUUCUGGACGGACAAAUAAUCAUGCCUGGCAGCCAGGCCUUCAGCAACUGCCGGCAUCAAUACGGCAGAGGGCUGGUGUGCUGGACGAAGAGGAGAUGCAGAUGGAAGACGGAGAGGCUGAAGAUGGUGGUUGGGAGGAUGGUGAGGGUGAGCCAUGCCCACAGUGUGGCAAAUUGUACAGGAGUGGGGAGUUUUGGAUCGCUUGUGACUACUGCGAUAUUUGGUACUGCGGUCGUUGCGCAAAGAUGACCCAGGAAAGGGCAGAGACCGUGAGGAAGUGGAAGUGCCCAUCCUGCCUCGAGAAGCUGUAG